AUGGGUUUCCUCCGCGCGCCGCUGUCGGCGCCUCUCGCCCGUCAGCGCCUCAAAGGCAACCUCGCAGGCCUGGCAUUCCUAUUCUUCCUGCGGACAGUCUUCACGCCCUACCUCACGCUUCGUGCUCUCGCCGUCCGCAUCCUCGUCACGUUCGGUGUGCCCGCUGACUCAGUGUGGUGGCUUGAAACGCUCGUCACAGCCGUUCUAUGCUUCAACGUCUUCGAUGCGGCUUACCGCGUCCAGCAUGCCGCGCCCGCGCCCCCACCGCCAGCGGGCAUGAAACUCGUGCCAGUGCUCAGGAGCUCGCCGCUGACCCGUUCAUAUGAGCCCGUAUUUACUCCUACGCGCACCGCGACCCAGUCUCCCCUCGCUCAGAGCCUCUACAAGUCCACGCCUGGCCGACACUCGCCCACUAGGAGCUCGCCGCUGAGCUCGAGUACCGCGCGCGUCCUAAACAUCCAACAGUCUGACACGCCCAGCUCUACGGGGCUCUUCUUUGAUAACAACACGCCUGCCAGCCCCAGUAAGGUCGCCAGACUCGAAGUCGAGACGCCGACCAAGCCGCGCCAGCGGGCAAACUACACGGUCGUGGACCGCGAGGAGCGCGAGUGGGUCGACAAUGUGUGGAAGGGCGUCAAGGGCAAGAGUCAGCGACUCGGGCUGUAG